AUGGGAUGGGGAAACACCAUUACCAGGCGCCUCAAGGUUUUCUCUAUGGCACUGUUUAUCUACUUCGACUAUAAGGCUGUUCAGAAGAGAGUUCAAUGGGUUAGCACUGGUAAAAAGAGUGCUAUAUGGAAGAAAACACAUGAGCGAAAUGCUCGCCGUGUCCUCAACCUGAUGAUAGAGUUAGAAGGUUUAUGGGUGAAAAUGGGCCAAUAUUUAUCCACAAGAGCAGAUGUACUUCCUGAACCUUACAUAAAUGUCCUCAAGCAGUUGCAGGAUUCACUUCCUCCACGCCCUUUUGAAGAGGUUCGUGGAACAAUAGAGAAAGAACUUGGAGAACCCAUGAGUGAUCUAUUUGCUGAUUUUGCCGUGGACCCUCUCGCAACCGCAUCAAUAGCGCAAGUUCAUCGUGCAACUCUAGCAGAUGGCAGAGAAGUAGUUGUCAAAAUUCAGCAUGAUGGUGUCAAGGAGAUCAUAUUAGAGGAUCUGAAGAAUGCAAAAUCAUUGGUUGAAUGGAUAGCGUGGGCAGAGCCUCAGUAUGAUUUUAAUCCAAUGAUUGAUGAAUGGUGCAAGGAGGCUCCAAAGGAACUUGAUUUCAACCAUGAAGCAGAGAAUACUAGGGCCGUCUCCAGGAAUCUUAGUCGCAAAACUGACUGUGGGAGUGGCAGUGUUUCCAAUGCUGUUGAUGUACUCAUUCCAGAAGUUAUUCAGUCAACUGACAAGGUUCUAAUUUUGGAAUAUAUGGAUGGGAUUCGCUUAAAUGAUAAUGAUUCAUUGGAGGCAUUUGGUGUUGACAAGCAAAAACUGGUCGAAGAGAUAACCCGUGCAUACGCUCAUCAAAUAUACAUUGAUGGCUUCUUUAAUGGCGACCCUCACCCUGGCAAUUUUCUUGUGAGCAAGGAACCUCCGCAUAAACCGAUUCUCCUUGACUUUGGGCUCACUAAGCGCAUAUCUAAAUCUAUGACGCAGGCACUAGCAAAAAUGUUUUUGUCAUGCGCAGAGGGGGAUCAUGUGGCACUGCUGUCAGCAUUUUCAGAGAUGGGGCUUAAACUGCGGGUUGACAUGCCUCAGCAGGCUAUGGAUAUUACCACAAUAUUCUUUCGCCAGUCAACCACAGCAAGUGAAGCAAAGGAGAACAUAAAGGCACUAAAUGACCAAAGCGAGAGAAAUAAAAAAGCUCUUCAAGAAAAGAUGAAAUUGAACAACAAGGAGGUUCAACGCUUUAAUCCUGUUGAUGCUUUCCCUGGGGAUGCCAUAAUAUUUAUGAGGGUCUUGAAUCUCCUCAGAGGUCUUUCAGCUUCACUAAAUGUUAGGAUAGUUUAUCUGGACAUCAUGAGGCCAUUUGCUGAAUCAACUUUGUUAGGGAGUUUGACACACGGACAAAUGCCUAACAGUCAGUGGAUUUUUGACUCACCUGCUAACUCUGAUGUGGAGUCUAAACUGAGAAAUUAUCUGCUUGAGUUGGGAAGAGACAAAAUUUUAGGAAUACAAGUCUGCGCAUAUAAAGAUGGAAAGGUCAUAAUAGAUACUGCUGCUGGUAUGUUGGGGAAGUAUGAUCCCCGACCUGUUCAACCUGAUUCUCUCUUUCCUGUUUUCUCAGUGACUAAGGGUAUCACUGCUGGGAUGGUACAUUGGCUUGUGGACAAAGGGAAGCUGAAGUAUGAGGAAACAGUUGCCAACAUAUGGCCAAAUUUUGGAACUAAUGGAAAGGAGUUAAUAAAGGUCCAUCAUCUUCUAAAUCACACAUCCGGUUUGCACAAUGCACUGGGUGAUGUGGUGAAGAAUGAUCCUUUGUUGGUAUGUGACUGGGAGGAGACACUAAACCAGAUUACGAAGUGUACACCUGAGAUCGAACCUGGUUCCACACAAAUUUACCAUUACCUCUCCUUUGGUUGGCUGUGUGGGGGAGUCAUAGAGCAUGCAUCUGGGAAGAAGUUUCAAGAGGUUCUAGAAGAGGCUAUUGUUCGUCCUCUUCACAUUGAGGGGGGAGCUAUAUGUUGGCAUUCCACCAGGAGGGAAUGGGGGGUGUUCAAUGGAGGGCAGAUAUUUGUCAGCCAAACUUUUCAAGCUCCUCGAUGGAAUAUCUACUCUUACCGAUAUGCAUACUAUCUUGUUCUAAUACCCUUUUGUCUGACAUCCAUGGCAUUCUCAGGUGUUGAAUCUCGGCUGGCAGCGCUGACAGUUGACACCGAGGAGCUCCAGAAGCUAUCAGGAAUCAGGGCAGGGGCAGAUGUGCCACCAGCUUUGCUGAACAACAUCGCGCAGAUGGUGUCUGGCCUACCAGCUCUUUUCAACACGCUAAAUGUCCGGCGGGCCAUCAUCCCUGCUGCCAAUGGCCACUGCUCCGCUCGUGCGCUAGCUCGAUACUACGCGGCGCUAGCGACAGGUGGUUCUGUUCCUCCGCCGCACUCUUCCGGCUCCAAGCCGCCCCUUGGCAGCCAUGUGCACACCCCCAAGUUCCCGACCGUGCCACUCAAGAAGAAGAAGGGCACUGGAAAGAAGGGCGGCAGUGGCUCCACGGGAAACCUCCAGCAUGUCAGCAGCACUGACAAGAACGGGUACAGCCAGCUGCGCACCAGCGACGCCGACAGUGAAGCUGCGGCGGUGGUGUUGGGAAGUGGCGGCAGCAGCAGGAUGUUCAGCAGCGACAAGAUCCUCGACGCGUUCAUGGGCGUCGGCGAGUACGAGGGCAUGGCGCAACAGGACGGCAAGUUCGGGCUCGGGUUCAGGAGGUACAACAAUGCCAGCAGCGGCAAGAUGAGGUACUUCGGUCACUCCGGGAUGGGCGGGUCGACCGGGUUCUGCGACGUGGAGAACAACUUUGCCAUCGCGGUUAUGGUGAACAAGCUGUCGCUGGGGAGCGUCACGCGCGGCGUCAUCCGGCUCGUCCUUGAAGAACUGGGCCUGCCUGUGCCGGACGAGUACUUGGCCACCGGGGAGAAGGGGCCUGACAUGGUGCUCAACCUGACGCCACCUGAGCAGCUGAGAUGA